UCCGGUUCCUUCCACAGGGGACGUCGCUCGCGGGCAGCCGGGUCGCUGCCGUGGCGGCCGGAAGUAGCGCGGCGGCGGCGGGCGGCAGGCGCAGCCAUGCCGCGUUAUUACGAGGACAAGCCGGAGGGCGGCGCGUGCGCGGGCGUGAAGGAGGACCUGGGCGCCUGCCUGCUGCAGUCCCACUGUGUGCUCCAGGAAGGAAAAUCCCCUCGGCAAUGUCUGAAGGAAGGAAACUGCAGAGCUUUGAAAAAUUCAUUUUUUGAAUGUAAAAGAUCAAUGUUGGAUGCCAGAUCAAGAUUCAGAGGAAGAAAAGGAUAUUGAUAACUAUUAUGUUGAAACCAAGAUGAAUACAACAAGGAUUUCCUCUGGUCAUUAAAACACAGAAACCAAAGUUGGAAACAUAUUUUUUCCUACACCUGUUUGGUUGGACCUGGAGCCCUGGAGAGAAUGCAUGAUUUCUGUUUUUUAAUAUCUAUAAAUAAUUUUAUUUUUCUGAGUUAUUUUUAGAAGAAAAAUGUAAUUGACCAGUUAUGAGCAAGGGAGCAUAAUAAAUGCGUUUUAAAAAUGGUUUUAAAACAAUUUUAAAACCAGUUUUCUCAGUGGUUAGAGUGUCUGCCCGCAGACCAAAGGACCAUGGGUUUGAUCUUGGUCAAGGGGAUGUACCUGGAAGGGGCACAGGUGGGAGGCAACCACUUGAUGUGUGUGUGUCUCUCCCUCUCUUUCUCUCCCCGCACCUCUCCCUCCCUUCUAGUCUCUGAUAAGCAAUGGAAAAAAUAUCCUCAGGUGAGGAUUAACCAAAAAUAAAAAAAGGAAUUGUUUUAAAGCACAAAGAUAGUUAUUUUCAAACAUGAUUCAACCAAAUGACACACUUUGUACAUCCUUUGUGAAUAUUCUGAAAGCCACUGUUGGAACUGUUAAAAUCAAUAACAUGGAGCCUGGGAGAAAAUGUCUAUUGGGAAAGUUUAGGAUAAAACUGUCUUUUAUUUAAUCUGUCUUGUUUAGUUAUAAGUUGUGUUUGAUUUCUUGGAGAAGAAAUGCUUCAUUUGCACUGAUUCACUGACUUAACAGCUUCAUAACUUUAACAUGAUGCACCAGACGUAGCUGGAUUCUGUAGCCUGGGCUCUCCCUCCUUCACUGGACUGUUUUUGUUUUCCUGGCUUCAUUUGCAGGCUGGCCCCCUCUACAUAAUGGGAAAGAGGUUAGUGUCAACCAGAAGCACACAUCCUUAAUAUCCAUGAUCCAAAAAGAAGAGAGAAAACUUCCUUUCUUAGGGGCCACUAGUCAAAUUCCACGAAAGGACUAUUGCCUUCCCUGGGUCACCUGCCCUUGAAUUAGACCAGUCCCUGUGGGAAAAGGAAUAGGGCCAUGAUGUUGGCCAGGCCUGGGUCUCAUAAUUCCCAUGAGAAUCACAUUGGAUGAGUGACGGGCCUCAUCCCAAAAGAAAAGGAUUCUGCACAAACAAAAAAGAUGAGUUCACUAUGGAAAGCAAAAGUGGAAACAUGAAAUGCUUGAAAAAGUUUACAAUCAGUGAUUUUAUUCUGGUCACUUAAUACAGUACAGAACUGUACUACAUAGUAAAGUUUUCAACUUUAUUUUCAUUGUUGAAGAAAAAUGAACCACAUCUUCAUAACAUCCACAGGUCAUCAGAGUUUAAGCAGUCAAGGUAUUCUAUAGCUUGUUUUCUUUUGCAAAUGUUCACCUAAAGCGAGAAUCCUUUUUGCAGAAUCCCAGAGGUCUAUUGUAUGUACUACUUUCACUGAGAAAGGGAAAAUGCUGGAUUUUUUCAAUUCUUGUAUAACUAAGUGCUACAACUUUUAUUAAAAGGAACGUUGAUAAAAUUA